CAGAGGUCUACAGUUCAUCUCCAGCUUUAGGACGUUACUUUAGGUCAGCUCAAGUGAUUUCUUUCAGGACAAACACCCGUCCUCCCUUCAGCAGGUUCUCCAUGCUGGGAGCCUAGAGAUGAAGUCACCUCCCUAAAAAUCAUCCUGAGCUGCAAGGAAGAAAUAAAAUAGAAGAACCAGAAAUACUAUUUGCAGGGCCAGUGGUCUGGGGAAUGAGCAAGUUUUUGUUCACACAUUCUAAUUGUGGUACAUUGCUGGAAAAGAAAAAAAAGUCUCUGUAAGACUUUAGGUGCCUGCAGCAAUUUCAUCAAAACUCAGAGGCAAUGCCUUGAGAGGUGGCACUGAAUCCUGCUGACAAGAGAGAACAUCUUGGUGAAGCAGAAAGGAAGAAAUGAAUGUGAAUCACUGGGUUUUUCAAGCAGUAGUUGCAGAACAAUCUUCUGCCUGAUUUAUUCCCAAGCUUUCACUGACUUUAAAAUGUGACUGAAGCUCAGGCAUGGUGUGCAGUUCUCAGAAAUGAAGAUGCUGUGUAACUGAAGCAGAGGAGCAUGGGAUUUGACUGACAAGGAAGGAAGAGGUCUGUAAUCCACCAAAAGUCUAUGUAAAGAUGAACAGAGCAGGAACUGUCUGAAUAUAUGCACUUAAAGAUACACUCACAAAAUUUAAAUAAGUGGUAGGGUUAAUGAGUGGAUCUCAUAUUUCUGCCUGCCUUGUGUUUAAAGUAAUUAAUCAAGUGCUGAUGUUGCCUGGUCCCUGGAGAAAGGGAAGGGAUCAGACAGAGAUGCUGCAGCAGUCAGAUGUGCAUGCAGACACCCACCCAUGUAGGCUAGUAGGGAGGUCUCUGCAUGCUCGGAACCCGGAAAAAGGCAGAGCUUGGAAAGAGCAGCCAAAACACAUGGCUUUUAUCACCAGUUAUGCUGGGUAUACAGAGGUGCUGCAAACGGAGCCAACAAAUUUUUCCCACCAUUUUUCUUCAUCCUUUGCUAAGACUGAAGGUCUGAUCUUUACCAAGAAGUGUUUGCUCUAGCAGCACACAGAUUUCAGGGUAUUGGAAGAUUAGAGUGUUUCUGGCAGAAAAUAAGAUGGUUAAAGUCGACACAAACAUUUCCUAUAUAUCAACUGGGCUUGCAAUUCUUUUUAAAAUCAAGUGCAGUUCCUUUUGUGAUCGCUAAGUGGUGUCAGCUAUAAGGACAGUGUCUGCAAGCUUGUGGGAAGUUCUCCUAUUAAACUGUUGUUUCAAAAUUGUAGCAGAACUAAGAUGAGGACAUCAGCAAAGACUGUAAUGAAUCUUUUCAGAGAUCAUUUGCACCCUGCUAAGAGACUCUCCUGCAAAAUGACGUACAGCAAAUCUUCAAUGGGUUGUGGUUUUGGGGGGGUUUUCUUUUCAGUUUUGGAAGUUCUGAGAGGUUGACAAUCAGAAAUUAAAUAUUUGCUUGUGAAUCUCCAUUUCAGGAGGCAGUUUUCUGUCUGACUUGUUCCUGAGUCUUGGUCCAGAGCCUGUUGGAGCUAAUCGUACUGCUUAAUAGCUGUAAAAUGGUCUGACAAACCCCACAAGAACCAUUUUUACGUUGUUUUCACAUUUUGAUCAGACCAGAAUGCCCUUCCAGAAAUUUUGCAUGGAAAUGCAACUAUGAAAAUAACUCAAGGAAAGGAAAACAAGAUACCUCAAAUGAAAAAGACAAUAGUGUGAAGCAAUUGCAGUUUUGUAGACUGAUAGGAAUUAAUUAUUGAACCUACUCAAAAGCGCAUCCAAAAUGUUUCUUUAGAGGCAUACUGAUACCUGAGCUGUUUCUGUGUUCAGAUUAAUUACCUCUUGGGAAGAGAAAAGGAACUGUAAAUGUGUAAGCACAUCCGAGAAUUUUUUGUGUAAAGUUAUGACUUGGGCCCGUUGGCUUCCCCCAAACUAUCUGCACAAUUCGAGGCUGAUCCGUGCAGCCAUUCGACUGAAAGAAAACAUUUUAAUUGCAAUUGUAGUCAUUUGGAGUAGUAAGAACUUGCAAAAAUGUAAGCCACCUCAUCAGGCAGCAGAGACAUGAAACACAGUUUACCAGUAGAAGUUUGAUUAGCAAAUAAGGUGUCACUGGCUGGCUGCUCCACUGUGUGGUGUGUGAGCCACCCGUGGGCUGAGGGUUUGGCUGGUUUCGGCAAUAUGAUCGUAACCCACAGAAAAAAGGGAAACACAGGAGUAACAAUGACAAAGCAAAAAUGCACAAAAACAAUGGCUCAAACCAGCUGUGUCACCUAUUUUAAUGUCAUCUCAAGUGAGGGUGGAGAGGGUGCUUGUGGGACAGCACCCCUGUCUUUCCUAGGGACAGGGCUGGGGAGGGAUCAUGGACCUCUGGAGAUGGGGGUGACCUCAGUGGAAGAAAGGGGAGACCAAAGCUCUGCUUUUUCUCUGAGGCAACAUAUGACCUAGGUCCUGGGUCUGGCACUUGGCUUGCUCUGGUCUCCUUAACCUAGAAAAAGAGUUGUGUUACAGCAGCAUCAGCAGCUCCUAGGUGUCCACUGACUUACACGAAGGAUGCAGACCUCUAACUGGGUCCUCUGAGUUGGGGACAUUUGCACUACUGAUUGCAGCAUGACUACUGACCCGAACUCCUUUCCUAGAGCUCAGGUCAGGACCAGGGUGGCCUUUCAUCCUGCAACCCACAGACACUGCUUAGCUGGCUUAGAAAUCUGUGUUUGCAUUUAGGCACUUGUGAAAACCCAACCUUAUGGAAAAGGUGCUUGUGAAAAACCCAUUCCUCCUGUCUGUCUAGCAGCCCAGCUGGGAAAUUGUCAGUUUCUGACUCUGACGUUUGUUGUCAUGUCCCCCAAAAAUUUUGUCAUUCAGCUGAGUGUCAGAGGGGCAGGAAGUUUUUAUGAGGUCCCUCUUACUGUAGCUGAAGGGGCUGGGAAUGUCCCUAGAGUAAGAGCGCAGUGAAUAAAAAGGGGGAAGUCACACUCGGGGCAUCAGUCGCUCUUUCGUCCCGCUGAGCGUACAGCUAAGAUGACGAUGGUCGCUUGCCUGCUCCUCUCCAGCAUCUGGACCAUUACAUCAGCCUCUGUGCAGGUGCUGAACAGAAAAGUCCAGUCAGUCCAGGCAGGAGGAAACGUUACUUUUUCGUGCCAGUCAGUCACAAAAGAAGAUGUGAUACAGGUGACCUGGCAGAAGGAGACAGAUGGGCCUGAAGACAACAUAGCGACUUACAGUACAAUGAACGGCCAGAAGAUCGCCAAGGGCUACGUCAGCCACGUGAGCUUCGCCCACAGCGAGUUACAAGCCUCGGCCAUCUCCCUUCAUGGAGUCACCCUCCAAGACGAAGGAUGCUACAAAUGCAUCUUCAACACGUUUCCCUCGGGGGCUGUCACUGGCAGGAUGUGUCUCAAGGUUUACGCCAUCUUGGACCCCAAAGUGGAAGCUAAACUUAUACCCAAUCCAGACAAAGCUGAGGAGUCUGAGAAAGUGGUGGGGAUAAGCUGUUCAGCAACUGGGAAACCAGCUCCAAAAAUAACCUGGCACCUUCCCAGCAUCCUGCAGCAGAAGCCAAGGGAAUAUCACAUCAAGUUCAGCAACCAGACCGUGACUGUCAUCAGCAAUUUCACCCACACCCCUUCCAAAAUCCUCCAUGAGUACCCCAUCGCCUGUGUGAUCCAACACCCUUCUCUAAAUGUGACCCUGGUCCUGCCCACGGACAGCCUGGAGCAGGAUCCGGACAGCACCGUGGCACCCUCUAUUGCCAUUGCAGUGGGAGUACUGGUCCCCCUGAUUUCCCUCCUCCUUCUCACCUGUCUCCUCUACCACUGCCUCAGGCACCCACGAGACCCGGAGAGAAACCCAGCCUGGCCAUGCUGGGUACUUCCUGCCUGUAACAAGGCCAAGAAGUGCAGGCAGUACGGAGCUGCAGGCAGGUGGGAUCCUGUGGUGUUCCCCAGCCCCAGUGCACCACUGAACACUACCCACACUACACAUGCAAGAGGGAAACUUUUACAACGGCACCUCAAGCUUCCAAACAAACCUGCUGUAACUCUUUCCAAGAGUAAUACAGAAAAGGACAAUUUAUAAUAGAUAUUUAUUUAUUUUGUUACGCUAUAAUAUUCUGUUUUGUAGAAAAAAAGAUGUAAAGUAUUUAUUUGAGAUUCAGGCUGACUGU